GGUUCCGACAUGUUAGUCAUUUUGUAAGAAUUGUUUUAUAUCUUUUAGUAGAAAAUAAUAUUUUUGUCUAGGUAUUUAACGUUCCUAGAUGUGUGAUUAAUUUCUUCCAUUGAACGAAUCUGAAAUAAAUAAUUAAGUACUUACAGCCGCCCGCUAUAAAGCAGCUAAAAAGCAGAAAACUAAUUCCUGAACCACAUUAGAGUUUCGCUUAUUGGUGGCUAGUUACUAGAGCGCUAGUAUUGACCCAGAAGCCUAGAGUUCAAGACAAGUCAGAAUAUGCAAUGGCCACCUGCGGGGUGCCUAGCUGUCGCUCCACAGUAAGCGAUAAGAGCCAGGGCGAUACUCCGUUCAAAGGGCCCUGCGGUCUCCCGGACUGCAGGAACGAAGCAUCAGCGUCUACGUCAAGAACAAGACAGUCAGGGAUGAGGGAACAAUACUGCGGGCUGCCAGGGUGCAUGGACCCCACUGAUGGCAAAGAGGUCUGCUUAUACAGAGCGCGAGACACAUCGGUCUUCGGCCGGCUCACUGACGCAUACAAAUUAUUCUGGUCCACUUGGAAGAAAAUCGAGAGCGACCCCUUCUACUGGUCCCUCUUUAAGUCCAGCAUGUACUUCUUAUUGGGGCUCAAGCUGUUUUCGGACUUGGCGGCCGAGUUUAGACCGAUACCGAAAUGCGCUCGAGGAAGAUAAAAGAUAAAAAAAUAUUUUCCUUAUUUUGUUUGCGGAUUACCUAUAGUUUCUGAGUAAUAUUUUUUUUUAUUUUAA